GUGAUUUUUAAAGAAUGUUUCUAUAGGAUGGGGUGACAAGCGAGAAAUUGUCCAUUCUCUGAGUCCCGUCCCCUUUCCCUGUCCACCCAGCCCCACACUGGCAGAUUCUGGUCUGUUGGUAGAAGGCAGUGAAGGCUCCAGGUCAUAGUUCCUUGAUUCUGGCACUCCUGACAGUCCAGCCAGAUCAUUCUCCACUGGGGACCCGUGCAUGUAGGGUAACCAGUUAGCCACAUCCCUGGCCUCCAUCCCAUAGAUGCCAGUAGCUUUUCCUUCCCCAGUUGUGACAACCAGUAAUGUCCUCAGACUUUGCCAUAUGCCAAAAUUACCCCUAGUUGAGAACCAUCUGUGUAGCUGGGGGUAGGACAGAAGAGUUGCUGGCCUUGGGUGGGGCGGGGGGCAAUGACAUCGUGCAGUUGGAGGAGGAGGAUGGCUCUGAGGACUUGGCAGAGGCGGCUGUACAGCAAACCGAACGGUUUCCCCACCUGCCUCCCCUCCCCCGUGGUGUCCUGGGUGGCCAGUGACCUCUGCUUCCUGGCUGUAGUUCCCGCUCUUUGUCUUGGCCCGGCCUCGCUGCCAGCUUUGGUAAACCUCACGUGUGAGAUGGCUGGACAUGGCUGGCAUCUCUUGCGUUUGUUUAGGAGAGAGUUAGAUUUGAAUAAGAAGAAUGGUGGUGGCUGGACCCCGCUGAUGUAUGCCUCCUACAUCGGACACGAUACCAUCGUGCACCUGCUGCUCGAGGCGGGGGUGAGCGUGAACGUGCCGACCCCAGAAGGGCAGACUCCGCUGAUGCUGGCUUCCAGCUGUGGCAACGAGAGCAUCGCCUACUUUCUCCUCCAGCAAGGUGCCGAGCUGGAAAUGAAGGACAUUCAAGGCUGGACUGCCCUCUUCCACUGCACCAGCGCUGGGCACCAGCAGAUGGUCAAGUUCCUUUUGGACAGUGGAGCGAAUGCCAACGUGAGGGAGCCGGUGUAUGGAUUUACUCCUUUGAUGGAAGCAGCUGCCGCUGGCCAUGAGAUAAUUGUGCAGUAUUUUCUCAAUCACGGAGUGAGAGUGGACACAAGAGACCACAGCGGGGCCACAGCCCGGAUGCUGGCCAAGCAGUACGGACACAUGAAGAUCGUGGGGCUGAUAGACGCUCACUCGCCUGCUCUGCCCAAGAACGUCUAUCGGAGCCCAGACAAAUUUGAAGACCUAAGCUCUUCGGAUGAAUCCUGCCCCAUUCCGCAGAGACAGAGGCCCUGUCGGAAGAAGGGCCUCAGCAUCCAUGAGGGGCCUCGAGCCUUGGCCAGGAUCACAGCCAUUGGACUUGGGGGCAAGAUGCAGCAGCCUUGCCGUGAGCAGGUGCCUCUGCCGGGCUACGUCACCUUCAACAGCAGCGACGAGAACCCGCUGGCAGCGGGAGGCCUCUGCUACAGGGACGUCACCUCCCCGAUCAAUGACCGCGACGUGGAGAGCAGCAGCAGUGGCAGCCGGGAAGAGCGCGCCCUCUGUGCCAGCCUGGGGGCCGGGGGGCGCAGCAGCAGCAGCGAGGGCCUGACCAGAGCCCCCGGAGUCAGCAGCGAGGCGUCGCUGGAGAGCAACGAGGAUUCGGAUCACGCCUGUCAGAGUUCGGUUCGCAAGCAAACUAAAAGCUACGUGAAGACCAAGAAUCGUUACAGCAACAGCGCCAGCCAGUGGCCUCCCGGCACCGGCACUCCCGGGGCAGCCUCUUCCCCGGGAUCCAUGCCCCAGACGGAGAGGUGCCCCCAUUCAGGACCUCAGGACCUCGCCACGCUGCUGGAGCAGAUCGGGUGUCGGAAGUACCUGCAGGUGUUCGAGGAGCAGGACGUGGACCUCCGCAUCUUCCUGACCCUCACGGAGAGCGACCUGAAGGAAAUCGGCAUCACCUUGUUUGGGCCGAAGAGGAAGAUGACCUCUGCCAUCGCCCGCUGGCACAGCAGCGCCCGUCCCCCCAGCGAUGCCCUGGAGCUGGCCUAUGCCGACCGGCUCGAAGCGGAGAUGCAGGAGCUCGCCAUCCAGCUGCACAAACGCUGUGAGGAGGUGGAGGCCAUGCGGGGCCAGGUGUCGCAGGAGCAGGAGCUGCGCGCCGUGGUGGAGAGCUGCCUCCUGGAGCAGGACGGUGCCCGGAAGGACGUGCACGCCCAGCUGCAGGAGACCUGGGCCCUCGCGCGGGACGCCGCACUCGUCUUGGAGCAGCUGCGAGCCUGUCAAGCGGAGCUGUCAGCCAGAGUGAAGCAGGAGGUGUCCACCCGAGGGUGCCCCCUGGGCAGAGCCCUCCUCCCCACAACUGAUUCCAGCGGCUGGCAGGCCUCGCUGCAGACUCUGAGCCUCCCUGAGCUGUCAGGAGCACUGGAGGAUCGAGUCCAGGAAAUGGGGCGAGUGCUAUGCUCAGUGACCCAGAGCUUGGAGAAGCUGCAAGUGCUGAACGGGAAGGAGAACUGGCGGGAGCCUUAGCUGGGAGGGACGUCUUCCCUUUCCCUUCUCAGAAUCUGACGUUGGGUGACUGAUCCACCCUGAAGCUGUGUGCCUGGAAGACAGGAGUGCGGACAGCAAGCGGCGGUGGCGGGCCGGGCCCCAGCAGGCCGGAGGAUCAAGCCUCCCGAGCAGCCAGCAGAAGCAGCACAGGGCUGGGGCCGGUGCGAGGAGUGAGGCCCCCACAGAAGCAGGACGAAGGCCUGUAGGCCAGAACGUGGGGGUGAGGCCCAGAGCGGGCAGGGCCACGGUGGGAGAGAGCGGAUCCCCGGACACCGCAGGUGCCCCCUGGGAGAGGACUAGGCACCUGGACAGCGUAUGUCAUUUGCUGGAAAAUAAAAUGUAAGCUCUGA